UAUGUGGAAGAACCUUCAACUGUUUGGUCGUGUAUAUUUUAGGUAUAUAUAUUAUAAAACCCGAAUAUUCGAGCCAAGCGGUGAAGGCCUCAAAAUUUUCCUACGAUCUCCAAAACUCAUCUAUAAUCAACAUAUAUAGGCCAAUUUAUACAAAAAGCUGUACGAAGAUCAGCGCCAUUUGUUGGAUAAACACAGAGAUAUUUGACAAUGCAGAAAGCAGCAGCAGCAAAGCGUUUAUUAACAAAGGAAUUGAAGUCGAAAGCUGAGGUUUAUCACGGGGACAAAGUUUGCAGGGAGAAGUUCUGUUUGUUGCUGGCAGAAAAAGGUCUACCCGAAGGGCUGUUGAGAAUUGAGAACAUUGAAGAAUAUGGGUAUGUGAAGGAAAUAGGGUUUGUUUGGCUAAAGCUUGAGAAGAAGAAGGAGCACAGGUUUGAUAACAUAGUUGUCUGCUAUGAUUCUAUUGUCACUGCUUAUGUGGAGCCAAACAAGAUCAAGAAUCUUACUGGGGUGAAGGCCAAGGAGUUUUUGGUUUGGUUCACUUUGAAUGAGAUUUGUGUUAGGAGUCCACCAGAAGGAUCUAUCAUCACCUUCAAAUCUUUCGUUGGUCUCUCCAUGUCUUUUCCAUUCUCCUUCUUCAAACCAACCUAAGUUUCACUCUGUAAUUAUUCAAGAAGAAAAAACAAACACUUUUAAAUAUUGUAUAUAUUAAUUACAAA